UUUAAUGAAUGACCCCUCAUUUUAAAGAUAACAUACUCAGGUAUAUGAAAAUACCAAUAACUUGAAUUUCAAAUUUUGCUACAACUUAGCCAUUUUGCCACAACAUGCCUCAUAUGAGUUGGUAGUUAAUAAUUCCAAUUAACAAAUUUCCUCAAGUCAUGCUUGACUUCACACAAAAAAAUAUGCUAAGUCACAUGAUCAAAAUGAAACCUAAAAAUAACUUUUGGAAAAUAACCAGGUUUCCUGUUUGUUUCAUGAAUUGUUAGCUCAGAGAACAAAAUACGUGUCAAUGAAGAGAACUGAAUUCUUGGUCGUCUUUAUUGAUUGCAAGAGCCAUUUUUUCUUCCUUAAAAAUUAUUUGUAAUUCAAAAUUCUUUUUUACUAAACCAGAAUAAUAUUAUAUGCACUUGUGGUUUAGUUAAAAAGAAUUUUGAUUUACAAUAUUAUUAUAUAACAAUUUAUGUUCUUAAAUCUAUUAAAUCUCUAAAAGUUACUUGAAAUUAUUUAUUUUUUUUACUUUAAUCUCAGUGUUUUCUUUCCAGUUGUAAUUAUUUUGUAGUUCUAAAUAAUACUUGUAUUUAUGAGGAAAAAUUGUAAAAAAUGCAAAAAUUUGGAGAAAAAUUCUGGCAAUUCAAAUAAAGAGUUUAGAACUUAAAUAGAUGAGAGAAGAGUGCCAUCAGCAUUCAGACCCUGACUUCACUUUAAUAUAACCGUUUUCUUUUCUGUUGUAAUUAUUGUGUUGUUCUAAUUUAUGAGGAAAAAAUAAAAACCAAUUUAAUAGCUAUAAUAAAAUUCUGGAGAUUAAAAUAAUGAUUUAAAACUUAAUAGAGGAGAGGAGAGUAUUAUCAACAUUUGGAUCCUCCCAAAAUCUGCAGACUUGGAAGAUGUCCACAAUUUAACAUUGAACUUUACAGCACAUCUAGAUGUACAUAUGACUAAUUUCCUCAAGUUGCAUUGCAUUCGAAAUAAACCUAGCCUAUGCCAAGUCACAUUAAUGUGAAGAUAAAACCUGGAAUAAAAACUACAUUUCUGUUAGAGACACCUCACAUAUUGUACAAUCACCUCAGCAGAGAAAUUUAAAGAAUUUUUUCAAGAUGGCUACCAGUAAGCUGAAUCAAUUUCUAGAACAUGUUGAUGAGAAGGUCUUGGAGUGCACCAUCUGCUUUAAGAGACUUCAGAAUCCUAAAUCUCUCAGUUGCCUCCAUAGUUUCUGUUUGGCAUGUCUGGAAGAUUGGGUUAUGGAGGAGGGUAAGCUGACUUGCCCAACUUGCUUAAAAUCAUAUCCCAUUCCAGAGGGCGGGCUUCAGAAGCUUCCACCAAAUACCUUUCUAAAUAACCUAUUAGAAACUAUUGAACAAUUUUCAGAAAGGGACCAGAUCAAAUGUGUUUGUGAAAAUGAAGGACAGCCAGAAUAUUACUGCCAGGAUUGCAGAAAGCACUUGUGCUCUACUUGUAGUGACCAUCAUAAAAUAUUGCCAAUGUCGGAAAAUCACAAGCUACAUUCAGUUGAGGAUAUGCAAUCAAUGACGCCUUUACAGAUUGCAGCGUUACAUCCUCCGAUGUGUUCCAUUCACGAUGAGCCUUUAAGCCUUUUCUGCUGCAAUAUUCCAAUAUGCAUGCAUUGCACAAUUACUGUCCACAAUGCUUGGGAAGGAAAUCACAAACCAAUCAGCAUUUCUAAAGCAUAUGAAUCAUCAAAAAAAACAUUGGAAUCUUUGAAGAAAUCUACCCAUCACUGUAAAAGCAUUUUAUAUGAGGGUCUCAUAGCAAUUAUUGAAAAUUCUAAGAACUUAGAUGAAAGUACAGAUAAAGGUUUGAGAGAUAUUGAUGAACAUGUGCAAACAAUGAUCAAUCAAGUCAAGAAAAAUGGAGAAAAAAUGAAAAAUGAAUUACAGAUGCUAUACAAAAAGAAAAAGAAAAUAAAUUAUACACAAAAGGAUGAAUUGACAACAAAAAUAUCGGAUAUAGAUACAAAACUGGGUUUUCUUAAUCAGUUAUUGAAGAGUGAUAAAGUUACAGUAAUUCAAUCAAGUGAAACAGUAAUUACAGCACUGAAUGAGAGAAUAAAUGAAUUGCCAAAAACAGAGCCAAAUGAUAAUGGUCAAAUCUACUUCUUUAAAAAUAAAAGUCAACUUGCUUCAUUGCAACUAAGUGUUAUGGGAUAUGUAUCACACAUGAGGGCAGCAGACUAUCUGACAUUAAAGGGACCGAUAUCAGUGACCCAAGGUCAAACAAUAACUGUCUAUGUAAUCAAAACAGAUGAAUGUGAAAUACAUGAAAAUCAACUGAAGGCAAAGUGGACACAGCCUACAGGAGAAACCAAUAUUGCUGAAGUUCAAGAAUGCUCGUAUGGCAAUGGGAAGUUCUUUGUUACAGGAAAAUGCACAAGUCCAGGAUUUUGUAAAAUCUAUGUGACAGCUGAUGGUGAGCAAAUCAAGAAAUCACCAAUGAUAAUCAAAGUAGAGAAAGUAGGAUUAGUAAAAACCAUUGAUAUAUACAAUCUAUUAAUCUAUCCACAUGGCACAAAAUAUCAAAGACAUAUGAAUGUAAACUAUAAUCAGAAAGAUGAUUGCUUGCUGGUUUCAUGUGGUACAAAUGAAAUACUCAAGUACAAGCAAUCAGGAGCAUAUAUUGGUAAGGUUACACUACCAAAAGGUAUGAGAGUUAACAGAAUGUACAUAAUGAAGAAUGGUAACAUAGCAUUUAGCGAUUUCAAUAAUAAAUGCAUCAUGGUAUGUGAUAACAAUGGUCAGGUGAUUAAGUCAAUUGGUCAGGGGAUAUUAACAGAGCCAGCAGGUAUCUAUGUGGAUGAGGCCUCAAAACUUGUCUAUGUAGCAGAUGAGGUUGGUGGCUUGUUCAUGUUUGACUUUGUUAGCGGCCAGAUGAUCAGGAAGAUAGGGCCAAAAAACAGACUUUUAUUAAAGAUGAAUGGAGUCACUGAUGUUACUCUUACAAAUCAAGGAAAUCUUCUUGCAUUGGAGUUUGCUGAACCACACAGAUUGCAACUAUUUGAUAAUGAGGGAAGGUUCAUAAAAGUCCUUGUUGAAGCAGGUUAUGAGAAUGGUGAGGUGAGGAAUCCACGUAGAAUAGUAGUUGAUUUGGAUGACAACAUCAUUAUAUUAAGCAAACACAAACUACAACUAUUAAGUGACAAUGGAAGUUUCAUCAAAAGAAUUGAUAAACAAGAAGAUGGAAUUAAUGGACCAAUGGGAUUAUGCAUAAUUUCAUAUUGUCCACGGAGAGUUGCAGUAGCAAAUUCUGAAGCCAAAUUUAAUCCUAUACAAAUAUUCAACUAUUAGCAUGCUGUCCCAACUUGCACUUUUUUUUAUUGCUUUUUAGUAAAACUUGAAUCACCUAAUAAUAAAUUAGGUAUAUAUAUAUAUAUAUAUAUUAUGAAUGUAUUAAUAAAACCAUAUUUUGCAGGAAAUAGUGAUAGGAAAACCAUACUCAAUAAAGUCUAGUUAGUCCUGCCCUGUUUUGUAUUGUGUUUUUAGUACAACAUAUUUCACUUUAUAUUUAAUUAGGAGUACAUUAUGAAUACCUACAAACAAAUCAUGAAGAAUUUAGACAAACACAAACUUAAAAAUUAUUAUUAAUCAUAUCAUAAAGAUGAUCUACUCUGUUGGAUAAACAAGCAUUAAUCUUAAUUAACAUUACAUUAAUCUUAAUAGUUUUCUGACACCUUAACUUAUUAGGCCAAAAAAAAAUUGUUUGUUUGCUCUCCCCAUCUGCCUCUAAUUCACUGGAAAAAAUAGGGGCGGAAAAACAAAAAAACUUGAUUUUUUUUUAGCUUUUUUUAAAACAAAUUUUAAAAAAUGUGAGUGAAUUUAUCUUUAUUUUUUGCCAGAUGCCCUACA